AUGUGGCAGGAUAAACCUGCAAAACGAAAGGCAACUCCCAAACAGCAGUGUGUUCCGGACUUACCACCAGAACUUUGGAAUGAGAUUUUCAAGUUUAUAAAUCCAUGCGAAAUAUACACAACACUUAAGAACGUUUGUUGGUAUUGGCAUAAUAUGAUACUGAGCAGUCGAACUUUACCAAAAAUACCUGUUAACUGUGAUGUUUACGUUGUUGAUGACGGAUAUCAGAGAAAAACCUUCAAUGAAAUCAUCGAGAACCCGUUGCCUCUCCUAGACCCCACUGACCAUUACCGUUUUACUGUGAAUCAAUUUUCCUAUUCAGGGUCUCCUACUGAAAAGUGGUGGUCUGGAGAAUUCAACAUCAGUAAGAGAUGCGGUGAAAUUGUCGGUGAAGCCAAGAAAAAUUCAACGUUUAAUGUGAUCCCCUGUGAUUCUAAAACAACUCUACAGAUCCUUUCGUUUUUCCAAGUCCGAAGUCUUAGGAUAACAGUAAACAAGAGAAGAAAAUCCUGCUUUUACCGUGACGACAAGCUGAUAGAAAUUACUCAUUUCUUAAAGACUUACUGUGGUGGAUUAGAUACACGAUUCCUCGCUUUGAGAUCAGAGAGUGCGGAAGCCCCGUGGAGUCUAAGCUCGCGGUCACUCCACUUGCUAAGGCAGUUAAAACCUCUAGAAAGCCUUCAGAUUUGCAACUUAGUCGAACUGACAGAAGCAGCACUAGCCUACUAUCAAGCCAGAGAUGUUGACCUGAUCUUUUCCAGCAAAACGGUUUACUCCACUGGCCUGCAUGUUUUACUGCCUCCGCUACUUAAAUUUGGCUCCAUAUUUCGCUAUGAACAUUCUCUCGACAAGAAAAAGAUCCUCGACAUUUCUUACAGCGACCAAAAGAUUUCGACACUUUGGAUUUUCAAAGUUAUAGACGCUGCAAGUAUCGCUCAUGCAACUUUCUGCUCUCCAUCAGCUCAGAUAUCUUAG